AUGUACGUGCUACAAAACGCGCCGGGGGGAGUCCUCAGGUCGCAGAAUUAUCAGAAAAGUGCUGCCGUUGUCGCUACAGAUCCUGAAGGUGAUGUGCGUGGGAACAUCGCGAGGCUAACCGCACGGGCCCGCCAACUACUCUCUGAGGAUACGGACACGCGUGUGGUGCGUAACGGUCUUAGUGCCUAUGAGACCUCGCGGAAGGUGGCGGCAGAUGUAUCGGCGCGUGCGCGGGCCCCCGGGCAAACUGGCUCGACGCAGGCAUCGGUGGAACUCUUCAUGGCAAGCCUUGGUUUUAACCUUCAAGAGCAACAGCGCCUCCUACAGCAGCUGCAAGCAAGCCAGGUACCGAUUGCAGUAACAGGUGAUGCUGGGACGGCUGCAAAGACUUCUGGUGCCUUUUUCAAAGGGCAGGUCGAUGAAGAAUUGGGCAGCACGUUGGAAAAUUUUGUGGCGAAUCGACGACAUGAGAUUAUGCGGCGCAGCAUGGAGGAAAUGCAUCGGCGCGUGGAAGAUUUGGUGCAGGAGCGUUCCGAGACCAUCCUCCGUGCCUCAUGGGAGAAAUGUUGUAACGAAGUGGCAGAUGCAUUUGAAUCCUUCUCAUUGAAGGUGGGUGGAGGUGGUGGCGAAGUCUCGCGAAUCAAAAUGUCUACCACCAGUGUGAACUCCAGUGGGGCCGUGCGACCACGUGCAGGCGUAAUGGCGUUACUGAACGGACACGAUGCUGCAUCCAUGCGCAUUCUUAACAAAAUUAUUGGUUUUGCGAAGAUUGUUGAUACACAGCCACCACUGCAGUGGGUACGGUGUUUUGCCUCCCAUGUUGCGGAUGACGUCCCGUUUGUUACAGACGAAGUGAACGUUCUUUGGAAGACAGUGGAGCAAAUUCUGCAACCUAUUCUACAGCUUGGCUCUGCUAGCACAAUCAUGACCUUUGUUGCCUCCAGUCGACACAUGAUGGAACGCAAAGCUCUCGUUAGUGUGCUGUCACGCGUGCUUAAGGUGGAGCCUGAAAGAUUUGGUGAACUGGAGAAUAUGCAUGCUACACGCUUUAUCAGUAUUGUCGGGCGCUAUACAUCAUCAUCGAAUCCGUGGGCACACAUCUACACGGCCAUGCGCUGUGGUCGUUAUGACGCCGCUGCCAUUGUUGCCAGUAAUGCGGGAUUCCGCUUGGUUGAAGCAAAACUUGAAGCAUACGCCAAUGCGCACGUGACACAACGAAGCACUUUGCCACCAGCGGUUGACUUACGGCCGUUGUAUGAAGAGGAGGCUACCCGGGAAGAUGCAUACCGGCAAAUUGUCCUGCUCCUCUUGCUAGUUGGGAAUACGGGAGAAAGUAAUGACGUGGUCUUGUCGGCGGUGUCGUCAUUGUCGUCAAAGGUAGCGCGAUCUCUUGAGGACACGCUGUGGAUCCGUCUCUUCUGUGUGCGCUCGGUUGAGUUGCGAGGCAGUGAUAGGCUCCAGUCUCUUGCAGAGAUGCAACGCUUGCUUCUUGAUGACAUGCAGGAGCUCGUGGAACUGGUUCGCGGUGAUGUGGUGCGUUUGGCGUCGUUGCUGAUUCAUGCGUUGCUUCCCUCCUCUGGACUGCGACUUCUUAUUGAGGGUGACAGCACAUACGUAGAUGGCAUUCACCUUGCGAUGUGCUUUCACAACUUACAACUCUUGCCGUGUGGUGAGGUGGAGGUGCCAAUCGACCUCAGUCGGCUCAUUCCACAGUACUGCUCCCUCGUACUACUUGACGUGGAUAAAGGCAAUGCCUGCACCGCGUAUGCAGGGGCGGCUGUGUUUCGCUAUUUUAUUCGGACGAACAUUGUCGAUGCCUUCGUCGAGUACUGCGGAAAUGAGCUGGUGUGUACGAAGUUGUUUGGGAAGCGCGGAGGCGGACGUGUCGGCAGUGACGGUGUCCUUCUGCGGGAGGCACCAUCGCCGGAGCUCCUGGAGGUAAUGGAGCGUGUGGCAGAGGCGGGUGUGGCGCGUGGCCAGACGGAACUUGCGGUGCGUGUCUUCUCUGUCUUGGAGCGUGCCGCCGCGCUGGUGAAGGAUGAUACACGUGCCAAUUAUGCCUUGAGUCGGGCCGUGCAGAUUAUCUGCCCAGCACUGUCGCACGCCUUUCAGCAGGCGCCAUCGAGCGAGAGCACCGGCCUGUUUAUGCACGCCGCCGAGUUGCAGGAGCGAAUUGCAUCUUCCAAAUGCGUUAUCCCACAUGCUUACGCUGAAGCGUUUCAGGUACUUUGCAAGAUGAGUGAAGUCUUUGUGAGCCUCACGCGCGGCGAGUUGGAGGUCGCUCUUCGGUGCUUUUGGAGUCUUCCCUUCAUUCCUGCCAUGUCAGAAGACAUUGAGCGCUGUGCUGAGCUCUUGGAUGCGGCGCCCGAGUCCAUAGCAACGGCUGUACCGCCGAUUGUUUUGCUCGUUAUGCAAAACAUGCUGAAACUUGCGGAGGUGCUCAAGACAAGAGGACAGUCGAGCGAGGCGGCACAGAUGCAGCGGCGUGCGCAGGCAUUGACAAUGUGGGUGCGACGGUGGAAACGAAUCUUCUCUCGGCAACUCUUGGAUGAAUUGGCAUCUUUAGAAAAGCUAUUUGCACUCUGA